CUGCUGCAUAUACUCGAUUUAUUUUUGUCUGAAUUUGUUUCCCUGUAUUUCUGGUCUGAAGCGGCGGCGGCGGCUGGCAGAGGCAGAGGUGGUGGUGUCGUCAGCAAAGAGUUAUGGGGCGGAAUAUGGAGUGGGCAGGUAGGGCAGAUCACUUGGGAGGAUUACCAAGGAAGACGGUGAUAAUGGCCGUCGGAACAUUCGCGAAAGCGGUUGCAAUUCUUCUCAACUCUACUUCCGUUCACAACGCAGACACUCUCCUUCGCCUCGUCAGAUCUCGACCUCCCGGUGUUCCUCUCAUCACCGUCAGCAAUCACAUGUCUACGUUGGAUGACCCGGUUAUGUGGGGAUUUAAAGGUUUCCCAACAUGUGAUGCAAACCUGCAACGAUGGGUACUAGCUGCUGAAGACAUUUGCUUCAAAAAUACGGUUUUUUCAUACUUUUUCCGGCUUGGGAAAUGCAUACCAAUUACCAGGGGUGGUGGAAUUUAUCAAGAACACAUGUCUGAAGCUCUUGAUCUGUUAAGUACUGGUGAAUGGCUACAUACAUUUCCUGAAGGAAAAGUCUAUCAAGAAGAUGAACCCAUAAGACGAUUGAAGUGGGGAACUGCCAGUCUCAUUUCCCGUGCCCCUGUUACCCCAAUAGUCUUGCCAAUUAUCCAUCAUGGUUUCGAAAAGGUGAUGCCUGAAAAAUAUAUGUUUGGCAGGCGACCUCCUUUCCCGUUAUGGAAUAGGGACAUAAAGAUAACCGUGGGUGAGCCAAUAGAAUUCGACAUUGCCGAGUUGAAGCAAAGGGCCCUUUCCAAUUCUAGAAACUUAUCUCCUUUUCCGAGCCUAGGUUGGCCGCCUAUCGAGCGGAUGGAUGAGGCUGCACAAAGAUGCCUGUACAUCGAUAUCUCAGAACGUAUCCGAACCGUCAUGGAGCGGUUACGAGCAUUCGGUACGAAGCCAAAGGUGUGAAACUUUUUAAUCUUCAUGCCUUUGGAUCCCAUUUUGUUGAUGAAACAUGCAUCUUAUGGGAACUAUUGAUUAACUGUACUUGCAAUUUUGGACUUACUAUUCAAGAAACCAAUGUGUAAAAUGGGCCUCUCUUUUCAGGUGAAUUAUUUUAUUUAACAAUC